AUGGGUGUCAAGGGCCUGUGGUCGCUGCUCAACCCCGUCGCGCGCCCCGUUCAGAUCGAGAGUCUUGAGGGCAAACGGCUCGCUAUCGACAGUUCGAUAUGGCUGUAUCAAUUCCAAUCAACGAUGCGAGAUAAGGACGGGCGUGUCCUCGUCAAUGCCCAUGUUCUAGGCUUCUUGCGGCGGAUAAACAAGCUCCUCUUCCAUGGUAUCAAGCCGGUGUUCGUGUUCGAUGGGGGCGCACCAGUUCUUAAGCGGAGCACCAUUGCCGAGAGGAAGCGGAAAAAGGCUGGCGCGGCUGUCAACCAUGCCAAGAUGGCUGAGAAGCUGCUGCAGGCGCAGUUGAGGCGCGAAGCCCUUCGCGUGGCUCACGAGGCCGAGCAAACCCGUUCCGCUCGAAUUGUAGCAAGGUCGACAUGGGACGACGACGGAGGCGAGGAGAUGCCAGAGAACGUCACCUAUCUCGACGAACUGGAAGGCACAACCUCGUCCUCGCGACCAAAGACGGCGGCUCCCAGGAAGCCUGCUGACGGCGAGGAGAACAUGGAGCAGCGCCGCAAGAAGAUGAAGAAGCACGACAGAUACUAUCUCCCCGAUGCCGACAUCCCGCAGUUCUCGACAGACGACAAGCCCGACGCGCGUCUGGCCACCGAGGCAGAACUACAGCAGUUCAUCGAGGACCUAAACCCCGAGGACAUUGACGUCGAGUCGGCCGAGUUCCGUGCCCUGCCCACCGAGGUGCAGUACGAGAUCAUUGGAGACCUGCGUCUGCGGUCCAGGCAGCAGAGUCACCAGCGCCUGCAGGACAUGCUCCGCGGCGCGCCGACGGCGCUUGACUUUUCCCGGGCCCAGAUUCGCGGCGUGGCCCAGCGCAAUGCCCUCACGCAGCAGCUCUUGACUGUGACGGAUAUGGUCGGAAAGGCGCACUUAACUAUCCCUGUGCGCGUCGCGGCGGAGCGCAAUCGCGAGUAUGUGCUCGUCAAGCGCGGCGAGCAGGACGGCGGUGGCUGGGCACUCGGCAUUCGCGAGGGGACGAAAGAGAAGCCCAUUGUGCUCGAGCCGGAGAGCAAGGGGCUGAAGGGCGAUGAUGACAGCGAAUACGAGAGUGGGAGUGAGAGCGAGGACAGUGACAUUGAAGAGGUCAAGCCUCCCGUGGAUGACGACCUGCGACAGCACCGGAGGAGAGAGAUACUGCAGGCCAUCGUCAACCGCUACCAGCCUGGACCGUCAGCCAAGCCGGAGGACGAUGUCGUGAAGGCGUUCGGCAAGCCCCGAGCAGCUGGCGCCGAGCCGCUCUUCGACAUGGGCGACGAGGACAUCGUGCCGACAGCGAAUGACGAAGCGCUCGCUCUGGCGUUGCAGCAGGAAGAGCUGGGUUCGGACGAGGAGGAGCCAGACGCGGUCCUCGCGCGCGCACUAGCACUAAGCAGGCGCGAAGCGGCACAGCCCAAAGUCCCUCCUCUUGCAGAGCCGGACAGUGACGGCUCUGACGACUUUGAGGAGGUCUCGCUCGUCCCAUCGGGGAACACGACGCCAAUUGCUGGCUCCUCGUCCCACACACCAGUGCCGAUCGAAGACAGCGACGAGGACGAGGAUGUUGUCGAGGUCACGGGUGGACCUCCGGCACAGGCUGCCUCAGUGCCGAAGAACGACCCGCAGAAACUUAGUGCUCUGGUGGAGGAGAGCAUUCGUGGCGGCACGCCAGAAGUAGCUGCAAUUGAAAGCGCCGCGUCAUCUGAGCCGGCUCAAGUGGUAGAUGACGACUCUGAGGAGGACGAGUUUGAGGAGGUCGCAUCAAUUUCAUCGGCCCCUGCACCAGCUCUGCUGCGCAGGCCAACGUUGUCUCCUCAGCCUUCACGUCCAAAGCCCCCGCUGAAGACUACGGUCCGUCGCGACUCGAUACCGAUCGUCCCGUCCAAGCUAUCACACACCGUCAUUCCGGCCGUCGCAUCGUCAUCGCCAAGUCCUCCGCCUACCCUCGUGCCCGAGGCGGACGAGCCCGCAGCCGAGGAGCCAGUCGACCUGGCCGACUCGCCAUUUCCCGGCCUGAGACGAGGACGUGGCGCGCCAUCACCAUCCCCAGCAAGGUCAUUCGCCCCAAGCGAAGCCGCUGACGACGAGGGUGGCAGCGACUGGAACGACGAGCCCACUCAGCUCAACGAGCCGGCUCGUAGACGCGACCGUGAUGAGGACGAGGACGACGAGCCCAUCCCAUGGUCGAGGUCACCGUCACCUGUUCGCCGCAUCAAGCACGUGGACAGCUCGCUGGGCACGCUGGUCGACACGUCGAUGCAGUCGAUGCAGUCUGCCGGCUCUGAGCCCGAAGCAGAGGACGAGGAUGAAAUGCACCCGGAGGACAUGGUGGUCGAGGAGGACGAUUACGCCCGGUUCCUCGCCUCGAUCCAGAACCGCGAUCUCAACGACGUGCGCAACGAGCUCGACGACGAGAUCAGAGCACUCAACGUGGCCACCAAAGCCGCCAUGCGCGACUCGGACGAGAUUACGCAGGCCAUGAUCGUGCAGAUCCAGACCCUCCUGCGUCACUUUGGCAUCCCGUACAUCACUGCGCCAAUGGAAGCCGAGGCGCAGUGCGCCAAGCUGGCCGAGCUCGGUCUCGUGGACGGCAUUAUCACGGAUGACUCGGACGUGUUCUUGUUCGGCGGGACGCAGUGCUUCAAGAACAUCUUCAACGACGCCAAGUUUGCCGAGUGCUUCCUCGCGACCGAUGUCGAGCGCGAGCUCAGCCUGACUCGCGAGCGCCUCAUCUCGCUCGCCUACCUCCUUGGAAGCGAUUACACAUUAGGCCUGCCUGGUGUAGGACCUGUACUCGCACUCGAACUCCUCGCCAACUUUCCCGGCCCGAACGGACUGCAGAAGUUCAAGGAGUGGUGGUUGAAGGUGCAGGUUGGAACGGAUUUGCCAGUUGAAGCGGAUACCAAGUGGAAGCGGAGCUUUAAGAAGCGCUUUGCAAGCUCGAUCCAGUUGACAGCUGACUGGCCGAACAUGCACGUUCGCGAGGCGUAUCUCUACCCCACGGCUGACGAGUCUGACGAGCCGUUCCACUGGGGCUUUCCGCGCCUGGCGUCGCUUCGAACCUUCCUGCACGAGGAACUGUCGUGGUCCAUCUCCAAGGUGGACGACGAACUCACUCCCAUCGUGCAGCGCAUCGCCAAGCGCGGCCGCGGCGGUGUGCCGAAGCAGGGCACGCUGCUGCCAUUCUUCGACCACGGAGCGGGGACUGGCGCGAGCUUUGCACCCCGGCGCCGCACGACAGCCAACGUCAGUAAGCGCCUCUUGUCGGUCAUCAAGGAGUUCCGUGAGGCCGAGGCGAGAGCCCAGGGUCAGCAGCCUGACGGGUGGGGCGAGAUGCUCGCCGGCGUUGACGAGGAGGAUCCGGCGGGCAAAGGUGUCGGGAAGCGGAAGAGUGAAGCCAGAGUCACUGCAAAGCGGAAGACAGUCGACGCCACGGAGGACACGGAGGACGGCGACGAGCCCCAGCACAAGGCGCCGAAGCAGCGUCGGAAGCGUGCACCCGCCGCAGCCGCUACCUCGGAGACCGAGUCGUCGGCGAGCGAGGUGCGCCCACGCCGGCGCAAGUAG